UUCCUGCUGCUCGCCGCGCUCAUCGUGCUCUACCUGCUGGGCGGCGCCGCCGUCUUCUCGGCGCUGGAGCUGGCGCACGAACGCCAGGCCAAGCAGCGCUGGGAGGAGCGCCUGGCCAACUUCAGCCGCCGCCACAACCUGAGCCGCGAAGAGCUCCGCGGCUUCCUUCGCCACUACGAGGAGGCCACCGAGGCCGGCAUCCGCGUGGACAACGUCCGCCAGCGCUGGGACUUCACCGGCGCCUUCUACUUCGUGGGCACCGUCGUGUCCACCAUAGGGUUUGGGAUGACGACGCCAGUGACAGUGGGCGGAAAAAUCUUUCUGAUCUUUUACGGCCUCAUCGGGUGCUCCAGCACCAUCUUGUUCUUCAACCUCUUCCUGGAGCGUCUCAUCACCGUCAUCGCCUGUGUCAUGAAAUCGUGCCGCCAGCGGCAGCUGCGGAGACGAGGGGCGCUGCCCCAGGAGAAGACCCCGGGGAAGGGAGAGGUGGACAGCUUGGCGGGCUGGAAGCCCUCCGUCUACUACGUCAUGCUGAUCCUGUGCGUGGCCUCCCUCCUCAUCUCGUGCGGCGCGUCCGCCAUGUACACCUCCAUGGAAGGCUGGAGCUACUUCGACGCGCUCUAUUUCUGCUUCGUGGCUUUCAGCACCAUCGGCUUCGGGGACCUCGUCAGCAGCCAGAACGCCCAGUACGAUAGCCAAGGCCUCUACCGCUUCGCCAACUUCGUCUUCAUCCUCAUGGGCGUCUGCUGCAUCUACUCCUUGUUCAAUGUCAUCUCCAUCCUCAUCAAACAGUCCAUGAACUGGAUGCUGAGGAAGAUGGAUGGCAGGUGCUGCCCACGAUGCCAAAGAAGACUCUUGCAGUCACGGAGGAACAUGGUGAUGCCAGGCAGUGUCCAAAACCAGUGCAACAUCUCCAUAGAAACAGAUGGCAUCAUAGACAGUGACACAGAUGGGCGGCGUCUCUCGGGGGAGAUGAUCUCCAUGAAGGACUUCUUGGCAGCUAACAAGGUCUCACUAGCCAUCCUGCAGAAGCAGCUGUCCGAGUCGGCCAACGGCUGCCCGCACCAGACCGGCACACUGUCUCUGGACAAUGAAUUCUCAGGGGGGGUAGGAGCCUUUGCGAUAAUGAAUAACCGGCUGGCAGAGACAAGUGGGGACAGGUAGAGGCAAGGAGAGAGUGGACAAUGAGGGACUGUCACCCAGCUCAGCUCUUCGUCCUGGCUGGGUUCAUUCUGGAGCCGUUCCUUCUAGCCUCGAGCUCAGCUUUAGGAAUCUCGUCAUCUUGUCUCCAAUGAACAGCCACUUUCCAGGGCUCUGCAGCCCUGAUGCCUUUCUCCUCCUUAGCUUUAUUCUUGAAGUCUAAAUUCAGUCUUUUGAAAGUGAACCACUAAACUGACUAGACUUCAAUACAAAUAUACACACACACACACACACACAAAGCUGAGCUGCAAAGGCAGUCUAAGACCUCACGUUGUUUCUUUGCUCAUCUUGCUCCAGGGUUUUAACAGCCUAAGAGAGGGAGGGCUUCUUUAAGCCUUGAUCUCCUGCUGCUCUGUUUGUCAUUUGGAAAUAAAAGUCCUGAAGCUCCUAAUUUCCCCCUGGAAUUCUGAACAGCUGAAUUCACUGCUUCUCUUAGUCCCUUCAAAAAAGGGGGGUAAAUGUUGGAGAACACGACUGGGCUUUCUUUUUGCUGGGCUUCCUUCAGAGCAGAGUCAUCCGUGGUGCCGUGGCUGGGGAGACCGUCUAUUCUCCUGACACCUGCGUCUGUUUUUGUUUUUCCUUUCUUUGAUUUUUAAGCUCUUAAUGCCUGACUAAGGUACCUGUGGGACCUCAAUGUGGUAAGAAAAUGAAAUUCAGCUUCAGUUCUUUAGAGAACUGCAAGGUGGUGGGGAGACUCACCCUUGUCACUAAAGAAUAUAGCGUCACGUGUUCCCUUUGGUCACAGAGACCAUUACAUUUUUACCAGAGUUUGCAGCCCAUUGCAAAGAUGAUGACCGACUAUUUAUUAGAACUGAAAAUUUAAUAAAUCCUUUUAUUAACAAAGAUUACAUGAGUGCUCAUUAAGGACACUGAGGGGAGGGUGCCUAAUUGAAGAGGCAUUUACUGCACUCAGAGGAAAAGGAAAUAGGAAUUAACCUUUAGGGAUGUGAGCAGCAUCUUGGAUUCUUGGCUGGAGGAACGUUCUUGGCCAGAUAAUGAAACUUGGCAUCUCUUGUCUAAUCCGUUUCGGUUCUGCUUCAUGGGAUUAUAACAAGUCUAAUUACAUAACCUCCCAAGCAGUUAAAACGUCCGUGCUGGGAACAAGGGCUGUGGUCUUCUUCAUCUAUGCAGGGGAGAAGAUUCUAUAAGAUAAGAUUAGUGUACACACGGCACUUUCAGGAAUGACGAGAAAAAUCCUGCCUGGUGAAACUGAACCGUUAAGCAGGAAGCAUCCAGUUGGGAGGACCCUUAGAAACCAUCCCAUCCAACCCCCUUGUUCUUGACACAAUGAAACAGAGGCACGGAGGGAUUGCGCCUCGUCUGAUCGCUCAGGGCUGCUGGGGUACAGCUAGGAGAGUCACCCACAUCUCCUGAUGAUGUCUGGGCUCUCCACCCAUGCUCCACCCAUGCUCAGAAACCCCUCAACAGCUCCCUCUCCAGGCUGCGUUGACUUUUCUUCCAGCUGGCAGACCCAAGUAUUUUCUUUAAGAUACGAGCAGUGCCCUACAGCCCAGGUGUGGUAAGCAGCAAUGCUGGGCUUUGAACUUAGGGCUGUGCGGCUCCAAAGUCAGAGAUCUUCAGCCAUUACCUUGUAACACUCUUAAUGGGCAGCAGCUUGGAGCUACUGCAAAACCCUUGUUAGGAACCUUCAGUCACAAACCGAGCUCCCCAGGGGCUCUGCCCUGCACUAGGUUGUGUGGGGAUGUGGGGAGGAGUUGGGUCCCCAUCCCUAGGGGAUUUCUGGAUCUCCUGGUUCCUGGGACAGGGACUGGCACGAAGCAGGUCCUUACUUCUCCAAUCUGGGUCCUUAGUGACCCUGGAGGUGUGCCAGGAGGCCAAGGAGCAUCAAUAAAAGCAAGGCUUAUCUUCCUAGAGGGUCAGUUUUACUCAAUGAUUUUUGCAGAGAGAUGUUAUGUCAAAAUACAUGGCUCUACUUAAGUGAGAUCGAAAAUUGGCAUAAACUUUUAAGAUAAACAGGAAAACCUUUUUGAGCUUGUGAUGAGUUUCCUGAAUCCUCUCAGAGUCUCAGAGAAUGAGUUUGCUCCCUCUGGGUUGGAGAUUCCCUGGUGGAAAUAUUUGCGAACCAGCGUAAGGAGAGAAACGUGCGAUGCAUUUAGGAUGGGUGGGAGUAAUGUGCAAAAAAAUUGCAAAACUGGGAAUCCUUAUUUAGUUAAGUCUCUUUAUAGUUACCCUGAGGCAUGAAUCAGUCAACAGGGGGAUUUCUAGAUAGUAAUAUUAAAGCUGCAGCUCAAAACCUGGAACCCACAAAUUCCCUAAUAUUGUUACGUGUGUAUACAUGAGUGUGAGAGGAAACACACACAUGAGCAUAUGUGUGCAUUUCCCUGGGUAAUGAGCAUCAUAGUUUUCGUCAAGUUUCCAAACGGGUCCUCAUGCCUUCACUAGAGUAAGAACGUUUACCGCUAUUUUCUCUUGUCACCUUUGCCCCCACUCGGCAUGUCUCUCACCUUCCUGACCAGUUCUUUCUAUUCCGUCCUCUCUGAACUGUCACCAUGUGGCCUCCCCAUCCAAAAUCAUGUUCUGCUCCCCUGCCAGCUUACUGGCCAAGAAGAGAGUGAUUGUUUGUAGAAAGCCUUGAGGUUGACACAAGUUUCUCUGUUUAGAAACUGAGAGACUCCCUGGAGUGAUAAAGGGACCCGCUGGCUCAGCGUCAUGAAGCAUUUGGGCUUCAUCCGUGGCUGGGUUGAUAGCUGACUGUCUUAUGUUCUCUGUGAUGCUACAAAGGUGAACUGGCCUUUAAUGCAGGGGCCUCAAAGCCGAGACACAAGGGUUUCUCACAUGACCAUCAUCCCACAUGCUUGCAUAAGUUUUACCAUAUCUCCAUACUACCUGAAAUGGUAUCUUCUUAAUAAUUUAAUCAACUCAUUUUUUCAAUUAGUUUUGUUUUAAAAAAUUAACUUUGUCUCAAUACCUAAAUGGAAGACUAGUAUCACUU